AAAAGAAAAUGGCGGUGUCCGACUCUGAGGCCGGCGAGGUCGAGUCAGCGUUACAGGCGUCGGAUCAGCAGCAGAAGAACCACCUUUUCUCAGAACUUGGAAGACAAUCUUCAAUCUAUUCUCUAACACUUGAUGAGUUCCAGCAUACACUGUGUGAGGGUGGGAAGAACUUUGGGUCCAUGAACAUGGACGAGUUCCUUACCAGCAUUUGGAACGCCGAAGAAAACCAAGCCAUCAACUCCAACGAUAAUCAAAACAACUCGGCGAAUAAACAAGUUGGUUCCCAUUUUCAUCCGCCUGUGAAUGAAACAUCAAGCAGUAGAGGUAUAGCUAAGCAGCCUAGCUUGGCAAGGCAAGCCUCUCUUACGCUUCCUGCACCGCUGUGUAGGAAGACAGUCGAUGAAGUUUGGUCCGAGAUACAAAGAGGGCAUCAAGGACAAGGACAGAGUAACAAUAGCAAUGAGCUUAAUGCCGAUGAUGAUGCCAAUACUCAGCGGCAGCCUACUUUCGGUGAGAUGACCUUGGAGGAUUUCUUGAUUAAGGCAGGGGUAGUAAGGGAACAAUGCAUGCCACCACCCCCACCAUCGGUACCGCCUCCGCAGCAUCAUCAGCCACCACAAUAUGGGUUGUAUCAGACUAGUAAUAACCCCGUGGUCGGUUCAAGUUUUGUUUCCAGGCCUGUUGGCUUUAGUGGAACUGCAUACCAGACAAUGCUUCCAGGUUUUAAUGAUGGUAAGACUGGUGGUAGCUACCAGCCUGCUGCACCACCACCACUGACGGCUGUUUGUUAUAACGGGAAUGUAGCUCCUCCUGGUGGCUAUUGUCCCGAAAAAACAAUCGGAGUAGUGGCACCGAUGAGCCCAGUCUCAUCGGAAAGGAUUUGUACCAAUCAAAUCGAUAAUCCAGUUUCAGAAUUCGGGAUGGAGAUCGGGGCGGUACGAGGAAGGCAAAGGGUCUUCGAUGGUCCAAUAGAGAAUGUAGUUGAGAGAAGGCAACGUAGGAUGAUUAAGAACAGGGAGUCUGCCGCAAGGUCUAGAGCUCGAAAACAGGCAUAUACAGUGGAGCUAGAAGCUGAACUGAACCAAUUGAAACAAGAAAAUGCUCACCUUAAGCAGGCUCUGGCAGAACUGGAGAGGAAAAGAAAGCAACAGUGUUUUGAGGAACGGAAAUUGAAAACACAGACGAAAUCUCGGAAAGCUAAAGAAAAACUAAGAAAGAUGAGAAGAAGCUCGAGUUGUCCAUUGUAAAGUGAAAUAAACAGCUCAAAAGAUUCAUAAAUGAAGAUAAC